AUAUAAAGUUUUGUCAGUCUCCACUGAGACGCUGUAUAGUUCGGAGCUCUGUAACAAGUCAAGACUAAUCGUAUCUCGUAUUUUCGACCGUGUUACUCGAUAAGAAAAAAAACGUGACAUUAACAUAAUUAUACGCGUUCUUAACUAGUUUUUCCUGAUCCACAAAUUUCGUUUGCUUAUGUGAGCUGUCUGUUGAUACAUCGUAAAUCAAAAGUUCAUUGGAAAAAGAACGAACGGACAAAAAUAAGAAAGAAGAAGUAAGAAUAUAAUAAAAAAAAAAAGUGAGGAUACAGCCUGUGCAUGUACGCCGAAAAAAUGAUGCACGCAAUGAGCGAGCACGCGGGUGGCGCGGCCGGUCUCGGCGUUGGUGUUCUGCCUUUUGAUGCAAUGGCACUAUAUGAGCAACCACGACCUCGUUAUGCGUUAAAAAUGCCACGCGUUGUGCCUGAUCAGAAGGCCAAGUUCGAAAGCGACGAGCUCUUUAGAAGACUCAGCCGUGAGAGCGAGGUAAGGUACACCGGGUAUCGUGAUAGGCCGAUGGAAGAACGUCAAGUGCGCUUUCAAAAUAGUUGCCGUGAAGGUCAAGUAGAGAUAGCAUUCGCAGCAACUGGUACGAAUCUUCAACUGGUCUUUGGUAACGCUUGUGGGACUUAUCCUCCUGAUCGAAGAGAGGAUUGUGAUUUUGACAAAGAACACGGCAAGGUACACCUAAGAUCACACUUGAUAAUGAACGGCGUGUGUGUACGAUGGCGAGGAUGGAUCGACCUUGAUAGAUUAGACGGUGUUGGUUGUUUGGAAUACGACGAGGAACUAGCUGCUGAGGAGGAUGCUCAUCUUCGCAAUCAGCUGGAAGUUUACAGUCGGCGUGGUCGAGAUAUGCACGAGAAGGCUUAUAGGAGUGGAGCUGCUCAACCUCCUCAUCUUAAUCAUCACCACCUUCAUCAUCAUCAGGGACAUCAUGUGACUGGCACAGGAGGUACAGGUACCACUAGUGCCGGGAUCGAGCCUCAUAUGACGCAUCGACAAGAUCCAGAAAUGGAGGUCAGACUGAGAGCGUACUGAGACUCAACGUCUCAGAAAUGAAUGUGUCAAGGAUACAGUGAUAAACUGGAUGAGUGAUAUCGUUAGUUGGCUAUAUUCGUAAUAGUACGAGUCUUUAACUAUCUAAGGGAUUCAUAAUUAAUCAAUGAUGAUUUAUAAUCAAUCAAUGAUGAUCGUCAAAGGUCCUUUCAUCCAUAAUAAAUGUAAAAAUGAGAUCUUUUAGGUGAUAAAAUUAAAUUAGAUGUAUUUUGUAUAUAUUAUAUAUACACUAUAUAUCUAUGUAUGUCUAAGAGAAAUAUUAACGAAAUUGUCAGCGAAUCGUUUGUUCGUUCGGACUUUUGAUUUUACAUUAGGAUUUUAUAUAGAUUUUCAAUAAUAUUUUAUAAAUAAUCCACCAUACGUUUGUGGUAUAUUUCUUUUUGCUUAUACAGCUUUUUGAAAUGUUGUGAUGAUACGUUUUUAUGUUCAGAUUUUAUGCGUUGAAAUCUACGAAUGCCGUCAGGAUAUGUAUGCGACUGAAACGACAAUUAUUUUGUAUCCAACACUUUAAUCGUGCGUAUGUAGUUUAACAAUAUGAUUUAUAAACACAUAACGACCUUUCUAAAUCUAUGAUGAGUGUAUUCUUGAUACCGACGAUGAACGUGGCCUAUGCAAAAAUACAAAGUAGUAGGCUUCUCGGAAAAGAAGAAGGAAAAGGAAAGUCGCGAUUGCAUUGCGUCAGAGGCUACGUUCGACUAUGAAAUACAUGAAUCACGAUUAUAUCCACUCGUAUAUUCCCAACUUCCCGAUGAAUCAUCAUCGUGCAUUUUAUUUUAUUCAUUUUAUUGGCUCAGCACUACGCUUGUUGGAAAUUUUUCUUUUUAUUUAGUUUCUCCUUUUUUGUUAUCUUGUACAUAUUUGUAAAGAGUUUAAAUAUAAGUUUCGAUGAAAUAUAAUUAUCAUUGAAUUACAAAAUUCCUACCGAAUAUAUAUGUGUGAUACUCUGUGUGAACGCAACAAAAUAAGAUACAAACAUAUAUCUUAAUACAGGUUGACGUAGAGACUGUUUCAAUAGACAAGCAAGGCAAUAACGUGCGAAAUUUCUUUGAUGGAACAGUAAUUAAGUGGGCUUGAUGUUGUAAAACGAUAAUGUACACGUAGGAAUUCUUAUAAGAAGAAACCCUACAGAUUCCGGAUAGUCGAUACCAGUUAGGGAACAAGAAAAUACGAAACUUCCCACGAGAUCGUUCUAUGUUUACGAAAGUAUAUUCAUGGAAGACAAAGAAGAAGAAGAAGAAGAAGAAGUAGAAGUAGAAGUAGAAGUAGAAGAAGAAAAGAAAAAUAAGAAUAAGAAAAGUUUGUUGAGUUUGUUGGAAUUACCUUGACACGUUUUGACGACUUUAUAUGCCCAUGUCAAGAAGGUCUUUUCAAAAAAUUUUUAUCGUAAAACAGCCACUCUCCUUCUUAACUUCCUGUGGUCUGUAGAUAAACACCAUAUCGUUAUACUCGUAUAUUUUACAAAAACGAACUAUGUAUAUAGAUACUACUUCAUUACGUUGUUAAAGAACGUGCUCGAUAUAAGAAAGACUGAUAAAUGGUAAUGAUCUAAAUUUCAGCUAGUAACGAGAAAACGUGAAGAUUUGAUAAUAUUUCUUCGCUGCAUAUAUAAUUAUUAAAAAAUAAUGAAAUAUUUAAUAUUUUAUACAAUUUAAAAUAGAUUCAUUUGCUUAGAGUACGAUAUAAAUAUUAUGUUUUAUAAGGAAAAAAGAUCAAUGAAAUGACAUUUCAUUUUGAUGUCUUCCGUAUAGCAAACGAACGGCAUAGGAAUUUCAUAAGACUUUAAGUUAGCCGAGAUUGGAACGUUUAGUGCUAACGUUUUGUAUUUGUAGCAAACAGUGCUAUUAUCCGUAGGGGGUAAGGGAUGAAAAAUCCGCCACCCGCGGUGUUAGCCCUGUAGCUACUCGUCGCAUCUGCCUUCGAUUUAUUUCCAAUCGUAAUUGAUGACUCUUGCCCCCAGGGCCUUUCGAGUUCUAGCAAAAUAACUCUGAUUCUUUCUUGAAGUAGGUAUAGAAAAGAGAGGAGAGGAGAGGAGAAGAAGAGACCGAUGAAAAAUCAAUCAUCGAUCAGCAUUCGACAAAAUUGGAAUCUUACCGAGAAUAAUAAAUUAUCUUAAUCUUAUGUUCGAACGUGAAAAUUAAUGUUUCAUCGUAGAAACAUCAUAUUAUUCAUAAUAAUGACAUUUGUUUGACAAGAGCAUAAUGAAAGCUUAGAAAGAUAGCUUUACUCGAACUUUUAUUAAUAUCUCACAAACUUAUUUUUUGUAGGAUUCUUCUAUUUUCACGUUUAUACACAUACAAACAUUCUUCACGCGUAUUUGGACAGGAGAAGUCAAGGAAAAGAGGCGUAAUAACAUCUGUUCGACGUUAUUUUCUUUCGCUCCCUUUAUCUUUCCUAUUUUUUCUCCGAUCUUCACAAUUCUCUACUUGAACAUUUUAAAAGAUCGUCUUUGGAAAGGACUCGAACAGAGGGAGCUGAUACUUAUAGUUACUGCCAUGUACAAAAUAGGGAAACAGGAUGUUGGAGAGGUGGGGUAACCAACCUGAAGAGACGAGAAAAAAGAUAGCGAAGGAUCUAUAAUCCCUUGAUGAUACAUCGCAGGUUGGAGAUUACGUAAAUCGCUCCCUUCCUGUUACCUACGUGCUGGCUAUGAAAAGGAUCGAGAUUAUCCUUGAAUUACAUUUUUCUGAGAUCCAAAAAAAUUCUUAUAUAUCUAUUACGUUCCUUGUAUCAACAGAAUUAUCAAAGUAUUAUUAAAGACAUAGUCCUUCAUAGUUAUUCAUUUAUUAGUACCUAUAAAUAUAUUUUCUUUAUUUUUCCUUAUUUAAAUAUUUGUUGUUCUGUAAAUAACAACGCAAAGAAAAUUAUAUUCCUGAUUUUAAGAAGCGUCGAUUUAUCAUUAAUUUUGUUGACUAUACACAUGCACGUGAACACGUUCGUAAGCACAAUACCAAAGCACAUAGGAGGGCUCUCGUUGUCCCGUUGAGUUCUGUGUGCCAACAAGCUAAAUGCGUUUCACGGAUGGCCGCCUUCGCUCAAUGUAGACUCUACCGGUUGGAUUCAACAUGUACGUCUACUCACGAAAACUGUUCGAUCGAGUAGGAAUGGAUAAAAUUCGAAUGUUCGUUAGAAAUCGUUUGUGCCUCGAAAUUUUUUACGAACGUACAUAUAUGUAACAUAUAUAUAACAGAAAUUUCAAAUAUGCUAUAUUCUGUCGAAAGACAAACAUUUAUUUCGUGUAAUUAUUUCGAGUAGAUGAGAAGUGGAAAGUAAUUACAAUUCAACUAAAUGAUCGCGAGCAUUGUGCGUGCGAGAAGCACCUGUGUAUCCGAUAGUAUAAUUUACGAAUGUAACAGCUCGGCAAUUAGGUAAUAAAUAGUAAGAGAGGACCGUUCA